GCCGUUCUUCCUUAGAUAAAUCGUUGAACGUAAAUGUGUCUGCUGCUUCCCAGCGCGCUGCCAAGAUACCGCAGGUACAUAGCCCAUGGGGCUGUGUGUAAUAGGCAAUGGCUUUGGGCCCGGAAAGCUGUUUACAAAGUAUUUACCCCAAGGUGCCUGCCUGCCUGGCACUUGUGCUUGCUUUAUCCAAGCACCGAUCCUGCACCGUUUGGGCUGCAGGGCCGUGCCGGUGCCAAAAGCAGCGAGAAAGCCUCUCGCUUCUCGCCAAAAAGUGAUUUGAAGGAGAUAAUAGGGCCUUAUCACAACAGGAGGAUUGCUGGGAAGCGCUCCUGCCUGGCGUUUAAACGUGAUGACUGUUUUUGAAACUCCGAAGAGCGUGGUUGGAUUUGGAGUCGAUAACAAAGCCUUGCUGGUCCCGGGCUGCGCAAGCUCCUCGAACGCCAGGAGCUGGUUGUGCUCCACGCUGUCGUUUUCCCCCUCAAACCAAGAUUUCUAUUGGUUUGAAGGGCUCGCUCGGAGAUACGUACUCUCAACUCCUUCUCAUGCCUGAAAACGCAAUUAAGGAGAACACGUUGGCUUUCUACAAUCUUAAAUUAGCGCCUUGCUGCUCUGCAGCCCCAUGGUGAAAUUAAACGAGAAAAGCUUUGGAGGGUGUGCAAGGCUUGGAAAUGCCUCGGAGUCAUGUAGAGGCUGGGGACCGUCUGCUAGGAGGGAAAUAGAAGGAAUCUGGGGGCAGUGGCUUCUCCCAAAGCACCCUUUGUGAGUGUCUCUGGGUGUUGGGAGCUCCCCUUCCACUCCUGGCAGCCUCGGUGUGGGUGAGGAGGGGACCUCCGGGGGACGGGUCCGGCCCCUUCCCCACUGCCGUCUGCCUGACCCCGUCUUCGCCUUCGGCUGGGAAGUGUCUCCCAAAUUCCUCCCUUCCCUCCCGUGGCCAGGCAGUGUGCGGGGAAUCAUUCUAAUUUAAGUCUGUGCGAAUUAAGGCAAUUUGGUUUUGGCUCUUCACCAGUGGAAACAGGGAGAUUUGGACGCCCUCCUUCUGACGGGAGCGCUGUGGAUAGCAGCGGGAGACGGGGCUUGGGAAAUUCAGCUGGUGCUUUGCACAAUGUCUUAAACAGCAAAAGCUUCGGGUGUGCAGAGCAGUGCUUCUGGUGGCAUUUUUUUUCCUGGAAUAGCUUAAAAUGUAAAUAUUUGGAAAGUAGCAUUUCCUCGCUGAGUACUGAUUAUGAGGUGUUUCUGGGAUGGCUUAAAGAAAUGGACUGUAUAGUAAUGAAAAAACCACACCUAUAACAUGGAAUUUGAUGGCUUUCUUCUUUAUUUAGCCGUGUCGCCGCCUCCGGCUUCGAGAGCGAGCUGGGUGGCUGGCUCGAGGGAUUUGCACGCGUCCACGUGUGGCCCUUGUGGAGAAAUAGAUGAUUUCCGAGGUGCUUUUGGGAUCGCGUGCCAGAGGCAGUCUGGCACCUGUGGGGUCGGGAGUGACAUCCACGCGGUGGGGACGCUGUCCUGGACCUGCCUGGCUUCCUGAGGAAGAUUAAAGCGUGAAUAUUCAUGAGUUAAUUUGCUUAAUUCCUGCGUCCUGCAAGUAACGGUCGGUAUUGCAGCGACCGUGGAACCGCCUGAGUCUCGGUCCCGCGGGCGCCCGCCGUAGCACCCCGGUGUCUGUAACAUGGCGAGGAAGCUGCCGGCGGAUUACAGCCAGCGCUGGAAGCUGCCCUAAUCGCAUCGUAAACGCCUACGUAUGCGCACACGCACGUAUGUACGGGGGGAUUUUGGCCUGCUUGACACCCAAAACGCUUUAGCCUUGGCUGGACAGCAUCGUUGUGGUCGCGGAGCUUGGGUCUCCCUGCAGAGGAGGUCGGAUCCUUCCCUCCCUAUGGGUGGAGGCUCCGCGGGACUGAUCCUGCCCGGCACAGGCGUGAGCUGCAGCCCUGCCUGCUCCAGCCGUACCCCGAGCGAUGCCGGCAGCGCGCGGAGCUGCCUGGUGUGUAAAAAGAAGCAUUUACGUACAAAAAGUGAGCGCGGCGGGAGAGGCUGUUCCUUCGUUUGGACCCUCGCGGUAGAUCCCCGGCAGCUCCUUGCUGUGCCGGCGGAGCUUUGCAGCUGUGUUCGGCCUCGCAGCACCGAGGUGCUGCUGUUUGUGUGUGCAAGGAGGUGGCGAAGCAGCCGCGGCACCACGAGUUGGUGGCUGUGGGCCGUGCACUCAGCGAGGAUCCCAUUCGGCGAGGAACAGGCGGGUUUGAGGAUUGCCUUGGGAUGACAACAGCCCCAAGAUUGCUCCGGUGAUAAAUGACAUCAAGGAGAUUUUCUGCCUAACGAGUGUAUGAUUAGAGAGUGUGGAAGAUAAUAAGAGCGGCAUUUAACCAACAAAGCCAGGAAAUUCCAGAUUAAAGCUCGCGUGUUUCGCUUGCUGUGCUUGGGUUUGGGAGUCGGUGCCGUUAGGGACUUUGGCCCAUCUUUAGGAAUAAUCCUGACAAGCGAUGGUUUUGAGGCGCCAGCAGAGAAAAUGGGUUUGCUCGUCUGUGCAAUACUGAAAUUUCCUCGCCUGCUCUCAGGAUGGCAGCGCCGCUGUCAACCAGCCUUACGCGGUUUUUCCCCUCUUAUUCACGUGCCAAAUUUCAGCUUAGGAGGAGUUUUUUCCAGCAGGUUACGUUCCUUGACAGUCGACUUCUUUCUUUUUUUUCCACGGUAACCCUUUAGCUGCACAAUCCCGCCGAGCGUUAGCCCGGUCCGGGCCUCGGCCGAGCGUGCUGCUCUCCAUCUGUGCCGUGAGGAAUGCAGUAAAUCAGGAUCUGAACGCGAGGCACAGCACACACCUACGUGUGGCUUUCUGGAUCUUAGGACCUGCUAAAACCGAAGGUUUACAGCAUGCACCUUCGCGCUGGCUGGUUUUGUUCCCUUCUGGGAAGGAGGUCGGCUCUCGGAAGGAUUUCUGGGGGGCUGCCUUUGGAAACCUUUCGGUGGAGACUUUGGGGGCAGCAGGGUCUUGCAGCCGGGGCUGCCCGCUGCCUCGCGUUUCCCCCGUCGCGUCCUUGCUGCCUUUGCCAGGUGGAUCUGAAGGGCUCUCGAAGUUGCGAAAGAUUGAGGCCGAGGUGCUGAUCCGGGCGCCGCCGACCCCAGCUGCCGGGAGGAAUCCAUGAGCACACGGCCUUGGCUAUGGACAUCGUCCUGUCGGAUUUUGUUCGCUCAACGGGGGCAGAGCCGGGACUGGCCAGAGACCUGCUGGAAGGUAAAAACUGGGACCUGAGCGCAGCCCUGAGCGACUUCGAACAGCUUCGGCAGGUGCACGCGGGGAACUUGCCGCCCUCCUUCAACGAAGGACGCAGCUACAAACCCUCAGAGAAGGAGGCAGCCCGCGCGGGGCGACCGCCGCUGCAGCGGCAGGAUGACAUCGUGCAAGAAAAACGUCUGUCUCGAGGCAUUUCCCACGCCAGCUCUACCAUCGUCUCUCUGGCCCGUUCCCACGUCUCCAGCAACGGCAGCAGCGAGCACCUGCUGGAGAUGCCCAUUUCCACCUUCCAGUUGCCUGACCUCACGGUGUACACCGAGGAGUUCCGCAGCUUCAUCGAGCGCGACCUCAUCGAGCAGUCGAUGCUGGUGGCAUUGGAGCAGGCUGGUCGCCUGAACUGGUGGGCGAACGUGGACCCCAGCUGCCAGCGGCUGCUCCCCCUGGCCACCACGGGUGACGGGAACUGCCUGCUGCACGCCGCCUCCCUGGGUAUGUGGGGUUUCCACGAUAGAGAUCUCAUGCUUCGCAAAUCCCUUUAUACCUUAAUGGAUAAAGGUGUGGAAAGGGAAGCCCUGAAGCGGAGGUGGCGCUGGCAGCAAACGCAGCAGAACAAGGAGUCUGGUCUCGUUUACACCGAAGAGGAGUGGCAGAAGGAGUGGAACGAGCUCAUCAAGUUGGCCUCCAGCGAGCCUCGCGUGCACUACGGCACCAACGGAGGCAACUGCGGGGGCGUUGAAAGCUCUGAGGAACCUGUGUACGAGAGCCUGGAGGAGUUUCAUGUCUUUGUCCUGGCCCACGUGCUGAAGAGACCCAUAGUAGUGGUGGCAGACACGAUGCUGCGGGACUCGGGGGGAGAAGCCUUUGCCCCUAUUCCCUUUGGAGGCAUCUAUCUUCCCCUGGAAGUUCCAGCCAACAAAUGCCAUCGUUCCCCUUUGGUUCUGGCGUACGACCAAGCCCAUUUCUCUGCCCUGGUAUCUAUGGAGCAGAAGGAACCCACAAAAGAUCAAGCUGUGAUCCCCCUGACAGACUCCGAGCAUAAGCUGCUCCCUGUGCACUUCGCUGUGGAUCCCGGGAAGGAUUGGCAGUGGGGAAAAGACGACAGUGACAACGUCAAGCUGGCCAGUGUGACGCUAUCGUUGGAAGCCAAGCUGCACUUGCUGCACAGCUACAUGAAUGUUAAAUGGAUCACGCUGCCUUGUGACACGCAGGCGCCUCUGGCCCAGCCAGAAUCCCCUACAGCCUCUGCAGGAGACGACGCUCGUUCAGCUGCGGAGUCAGGGGAGUCCGACAAGGAGUCGGUCUGCAGCAGUUCGGCAAGCAACGGUGGCAGCAGGGGUUGCAAGGACAAAGAGAAACCAAAGAAAGACCGAGAAAAGGACAAGGAAAAGGAUAAAAAACGGGCAGACUCGGUCGCUAACAAGCUGGGCAGCUUUGGCAAGACUUUGGGAAGUAAGCUAAAAAAGAACAUGGGAGGGUUGAUGCACAGCAAAACUAUGAAGGGAGGUGUGAGCAACGGGCAGGGAGAUACCUUGGAGAAGAAAAAGAAGGGAUCCUUGAAGUCAAGGAAAGGAAGCAAAGAGGAAUCCUCCCAAGGAGACUUGUCGGCUCCUGUGGAGAAAACCUGCCCGGGAAAAGCGGCCCCCGAGAAGCCGUCGGACCCCUACAAGUACAGCAACGACGUGAGGCUGAGCCUCAGCAUCCUCCGGGCUGCCAUGCAGGGAGAGCGCAAGUUCAUCUUCGCCGGCCACCUCAAGACCAGCAACAGGCUCCAGUACCAGGAGGAGAUGAUCCAGCAGUACCUGCUGGACGCCGAGGAGCGCUUUUUGGCCGAGCAGAAGCAAAAGGAGGCAGAGAAGAAGGCGCUGGCGAGCGCUGCCCCCGCCAAGAGGCUGGAGCCGGAGCUGAACGCCCACAAGGGCGAGGAGGCGAUGCUCAGCCCCGCUUACCCCCAGCCUCCUCCUGCUUACGCCAUCCAGACCCCGGAUCUGGCCCUCGGCGCGAAGAUGGCAGCUUUUCCCUCCAGCUACUCGGGCGUCUUCACCUUCCCCCGGCCCUCCGUGGCCAGCAGCGCGGAAGGAUCUCAUCCCCCCGGCUUCCCCGACGGCCGGCGCCAGGUCGCGGGGGGGCCCUGCGGCAGCCUCCCCCCUUACGCCACGCUCCCCAGGCACUGCGGCCAGGCCCGGCCGAGCCCCCACGCCUCCAGCCCUUCCCACGCCGGGCGAUUUUCCCCCACGGACACGGAUUCUCACCCCGGCUUCCCGGCGGAACGCGACGGCCCGGGCGGUCCGGCCCCGCACAGCAACGGCUGCCGGGAGCACGCGGAGCAGGACGGCUCGCAGAAAGGAGCGGACAAAGCGAGGGGCCGCGCUCUUUAUAACGUCCAGCAGACCAAAUGCAAGCAGCCCAACUGCAGCUUCUACGGGCACCCGGAAACCGGGAACUUCUGCUCCUGCUGCUACAGGGAGGAGCUGAAGCGCAAGGAGCGGGAGGCUCUGGUGCACAGGUUCUGAGCGCUCUGCCCGCGCUGCUCUUCGGACCCGUGGCACCUGGGGGAUGCAAUAACGCCCGUAUUUUCCCCCCCCCCUCCCCACGUUCCUCUCCCUGUCUGUGGAAGGAGGGAGGCGGCGGGCGCUUGGCCGGACGGGCUGAGGAGCGCGAUGCGGCCGCCGCGCCGCGGAGGUGACCCACGGCCAGCCCUCCUCCCCGCGGCAUCGCCACGAGCACGGGCGCCUUGGACGGGCUCUGGUUAGCCAGGGGGGGCUCGGGUUAGCCGGGGGGGGGCUCGGUAGCCAGCCGCCGUGGAGGGCGAGCUCAGGUCGGAGCGCGAGGCGCGGGGGCUCCUCGCCGCCACCGCCGAACCAGACCAAAGCUUCGGGAGCAGCGAGCGCCCCGCAGGUCCUCCGGCCGGGCUCGACCCUCACUUCUCGUAGCGCUUCUCCCAAAUCGAGCGAAACUGCCCCAGCAAUUUCAGUUAGAAAGUCACAGACCUUUUAAUUGAGAGGUUUUUCUUUUUUUUUUUUUUUUUUUAACACUGUUUUUAUUUUAUUUGAUGUUUUCUGGUACUGAGAGGAGCUUAGUCGGAAGCGGACGUUAUUUUAUUUUUAUUUUUCUGUUUUCGGUUUGAACUCGUCUGAGCCCAGCGGACGUCUCCCAGCGCCUCGCAGCAGCGGGCUCGGGGCGCUGCCCUUCCGAGGGGCUCGGCUCUUGUUUUUAAACGUUACUUUAAAAUUCUUCUUGGGGUGGGAGGGGGACGGGGUGGUCACAGUGCUGAGUGGCUUUGAGUUUUCCUGCAGAAGUUCCGUGCGGAACCGUUACCGGUACAGUCGAACCGACUUAGAAUCGACGGAGAAACGAGGUCAGUGUCUCCACCCAGCAAUAACCAACGGCGUGGAGAAGCAGGGAGGACAAAGAGCGCCCCGCGGCACCGGGAGGUAAAUCUGCACCGGGCUGCCCUUAGCUUACAGCUGUGCGUGGACACACACACGAUAACUCUUUCUACUUGAGCAAGCUACUUCCAUACUACCUCUGUUCUGCUGAAUAGAAUUAACUCGGCUCCAUUUUGCUGAGCCACGUAACUGACCUUAGGCUGAGUAAUAUUAAAGAUAUUUUUUGAUAAUAGGGCUAAAGAGUGAAAUGUAAGAAAAACGAACCCGUACCUGUGUUACUCCCACACUCGCUGUGGUCCAUCCACUACGUCCCCUUCUCCCCGGCCGAGCCCCGCGGCGCGGCACGAGCGCUGCCCUGAGCUCCCCGUUUUUCAGGGCGGGUGUAACUUUAGCACUGCAAUGUUUGCACAGAUCUUUUUUGUAACUGUAGAUCCCAAACUGGACUCGAUCCUCGUUCCAGUCCUGUAUAGAGCAAAGGUUCAGCAUUUUACCGCGUGGAAAUAAAACGUGAAUUACGCUGAUGAGUCAAAGCUUUACAACAUUCCCUCGUUUUUUUUUUUUUUUUGUUUUUUUUUGUUUUUCCAAAGCCAUCAAACUAUGCAAUCCCUUCCCACGCUGAUCCCCCCCACCCGCCACGGGGAGAAGGGAAGAGAGAACGGGGCAGAGAGGGUGAAAGUGUACUUAACACUGGGGACUCACCUGAAGCCUUAUUCUCACAAAUACACUAAGGCUUUCUUCUAACGUACAACUUUUACCGGUUUAAUGUACGUCUAAAAAAACAACCCAGCCCCAAACUAAGGCCUUUUCUGUCGCAGAUGGCUGCUUUUGGCUUUCAUAAAGGCCGGGGCCGUCCCUGUGCAGGAAAGGCCUUGGUGGAAGCGGUGCCGACGCCUGCUGCGGGUGCUCCCACCUGGGUGGCUCGGCUCGGCCCCGCUAGGGCUGGGUUUGGGCUGUCGCGCUCGAAGCCAACGGCCUGUAAAUAUCCGAGCUCCUCCACCCCUCUGACUAAAGCUGUUCUUUUGGGUUUUGUUAAAUCGCUGCUACUCGGAGCGUAGAUAAGCCUUGCCCGGCUGCAAAAGGGGCAUGGAGAUAAGGUCGCUGCAAGCGGGGUUUUCCUUAGGGUCCCUUUGCCCGGCAGUGGGGAGCCCCGGGGCUGGCACGCGGUCAGGGAGGCGUGCAGGGUGACUGCUGUGGGCGUGCUCUGCUCUUGGAGUGAUGCAAGGCAGCGAAUUUCUCCCUGGGGGUGGGUUAAAGUGCGCUGGGUUUACUGCAGGGGUGAGAGCGCGCGCGGUCGGGUCCGUGCCGGCGGCUCUCCCCCCGGUGACCCCGCAGCAACUCAUUGGCGGAACCCAAAUAUCAAACCCGAGUGGGUUUAUUUGAAACAAAACAAAACCCAACUCGCUGUGCGGGGAUCAGUUUGUGCAGAGGCUUCUGCCUCUUCUUUUUCCUGUGCCCCGGAGCAGCAGCUUUAUUGUAGAAUCCUUCGGCUGCUGCCGAGAGCACGAGGAGCGGGGAUGCUCUGCGCCCCCCGCCAAAGCACGAGGAGCGGGGACGCUCCGUGCCCCCCGCCAAAGACCGCAGGCAGGGGAGGACGGAAGGCACGAAUUGAUGCUCCACCAGCUCAAUGCCCCUUUCCUGCUUUUUUUGGGGGAAUCAUCCCCGCUUCGGCCAACCCCAUCCAGCCGCUGCGCCAACCCGCCCGAGGGGGCCGUGCGGCGCAGCCGGCGUCGGCCAGCUGCCGGAGCCGCUGCCGCCGUUCCUCCUCCUGAGGGUUUUUGGGGGAGAAAAGGGAGUUUGGCCGAGUGCUUUGUGCCCGCUGCUGAUGCCGUGGCCCUGCCGGUGAGGUUUGGCCGCGGCGCCGUCCUCCCCGGGGACCGCGCGAUCCCCGACGGCCGCAGCCCCAGGAGCCUGGAGGGGAGCGGGGUGGUGGAGGUGAGGGGCGAAGUUCCCCAAAAAUUAAUUCCCCAAUUCCCCGUUUUGGGGUCGGUUUUGAAGCCCAGCCCUGUGGCCCGUGCUUGGUCUGCCAUUUUUACCGCCGUUCCUGGAAUUCGUAGCUUUUUUUAAACUCAAAAUGGGGGAAAAAAAAAAUCACAACUACAGGCAAAAUUAGGUUUCCAAUGAAAAGAGUAAAAUAGCAAAGAGUAUUUUUUCUACGAAGUGCAGAAUCUCAGCUGUUCCCUGAGCAUCCCUGAGCCCAAACCUUCCUGCCUUACACACCGAAUCGAGGGAAUCGGCCGCGUUUCUUCAGUACUGCUAAGGAUUUUUUCAGGUCAUUUUUGUUUCCUUUAUGGUGAAACUAAUAUUUUUUUCCAUGGGACUAUUAAAUACAACUUAUAUUUAUUGGAAGACAUUUACCAACCACCGGUUCCUUUCCAUAACCAUGCCAGAGCCCCUGCCCACGCCGUAUUUUAGGGUUUUGAUAUGUUUUAGGGGCUCGAUAUAUUUUCGGUACCUUUUUUUUUUUUCUUUUUAAGUGGGGUGGGAGAGCGAGAGCAGCUUGUGCUCCGCAGCACCUCGCACGGAGGCACCAAACCACCCCAGGGUUUUUCUCCCACGUCUGCCCCGCCGGCGUGUGAAGGAGACGGGGAAGGGGAGGCUGCGACUUGAUCCCGAGGUCUCGAAACAAGUGCACUUAGCGGUGUAACGGGAAGAAACUUUGCUGCCGUCGGGACCUGGGGGUUUCUGCGCAGCCUGGCCCUCCUGCAGUAAAGGUCCACGACCCUUUUGGAAAGUUUUCAUUUUGUCUUAGCCCCGGGUCCCAUCCUGCAGCCUGGGUUUUGGCCCCAUCUUGGCCGUCUUGCCCGGGCUCCCCAAACGAGCUUCGUAACGUCCCCCGUGUCCCCAGCCCCUCCAGGGAGGGGUGGUGGGAUGCUCUGGUCUUCACCGAUCGCACAAGAGGUGACCUGAAUUAAUUCUGCAACCAUUUAUUCACAAAAGACUUUUUUUUUUUUUAAAUUAAGGAAUAUUGGGUUGGCGAUUUUUACUCUUUGUUCGAGCACUGCUGUACUGAGCACUAGAUGGCGCGUUGUAAUCGGGCUGUUCACGGCAUCCUUCAUUUAUGCUACCAUAGAUUCACUGACAAUAAACAACGUUCAACUAAU